AUGCCUGGGAGGGAUAUGCCAACGCUUACCUCGGUCGAGGUUCAUUCUCACAACACCGCAAAGUCAUGUUACGUUACCUUGGGCUCCAAAGUGUACGAUGUCACUGAGUUUCUCGAUGCUCAUCCCGGUGGUGGCGAUUUGAUCCUGGAGUAUGCCGGCCAGGAUGUGACAGAUAUCCUGAAGGACGAGAUCUCCCACGAACACAGCGACGCUGCCUACGAAAUCUUGGACGACUACCACAUUGGCUUUGUCUCCGAUGUCUCUACACCUGCGAAAACCACCACCACCAAGACGACCAUCAUCGAAACUGUCACCGAAACUCAGUCCGGCCCUGUCUAUGCAACUACCGGAAUGUCUCGUGAGGAGGACCUGUCAAUAGACACGGACCCCCUUCAAGACUACAAGACACACAAGUUUUUGGACUUGAAUAAGCCGCUUUUGAUGCAACUGUGGAACAGUAACUUCUCGAAGGAGUUCUACUUGGAGCAGAUCCAUCGGCCUCGUCAUUACCGAGGAGGAGAGUCUGCCCCUCUGUUCGGCAAUUUCCUCGAGCCUCUGAGCAAGACCGCGUGGUACGUCGUGCCGAUGAUCUGGUUGCCGCCUGUUGCCUAUGGAAUAUGGCUUGGAGCUGCCGGUCUCAGUAGUCCAAUUGCUGCUGCAUCUUACUUCCUCGGUGGCGUGGCGCUCUGGACUCUGAUCGAGUAUGUGAUGCACCGGUGCCUUUUCCACAUCGAUCACUGGCUUCCGGACAACCGCGUCGGCCUGACACUCCAUUUCCUACUCCACGGUAUCCACCAUUAUCUACCAAUGGACAAAUAUCGACUUGUCAUGCCACCGACAUUGUUUGUGGUCCUAGCUACCCCUUUCUGGAAGCUGGCUCAUGCAGUCUUCUUCUACAACUGGUAUGCGGCUCUGUCGGUGUUCUGUGGAGGCGUCUUUGGAUAUAUCUGCUAUGAUCUCACCCACUAUUUCCUGCACCACCGCAAUCUCCCUUCGUACUACAAGGGUCUGAAGAAGUACCACCUCCAGCACCAUUUCGCUGACUUCGAGAACGGAUUUGGCGUCACUAGUCCUUUCUGGGAUCGCGUCUUUGGCACCGAGUUGGUGGUCCCAACGCCAAAGGGUGCGAAGGCCCAGUAA